AUGUCUUGUCCAAGUCCUGAAACAGAUUGGCAGCUUAGUUGUAUGAAGUUGAAACAGCGAGGAUCACAUUUGCUGCAGUCAGGUGAAUGGUCUGACUGCUCCUUCUUGGUAGGUUCAGAUCUGAACCGAUAUAUUAUUAAAGCCCAUAAACUUAUACUAGCUUCUGCGUCCCCUGUGUUCAAAGCUAUGUUUUUCGGCACCAUGGCUGAGAAAGACGGUCCGAUAGAAAUUUUAGAUGUAGAACCUGAAGCUUUCGAAACUCUCUUAAAAUAUAUUUACACAGAUAAAACUUCAAUUAAAACUUUUGAGAAAGCUUGCUCAGUGUAUUAUAGUGCUAAAAAGUAUAUGUUACCAUAUCUGGAGAAAGAAUGUUCUUUGUUUAUAUCCCUACAUCUUAACCCACAAAAUGUAUGUCGCGCUUAUGAAUUAGCACAGCUUUUUGAAGAAACAGUACUUAUGGAUACAUGUGUGAAGAUAUUGACAGACAGAACAACAGAAAUUAUAAACAAUAAGAGUUUUAUGGAAGCUGAACUUGGAACUCUUCUAACACUGGUCUCACAGGAAUCCCUAAAUAUUGAUAGUGAACUGGUCUUGUUUCAUGCCAUUGAGAAAUAUGCUAACAUCAACACUAGUAGAAAAAGGAGUUUGGACAGUAACACACUCACAAAGACCCCCAAAAAGAAAGCAAAGAAGAGCAUAGAUGUGGGGGAUACUCUUGCAUUGAUGUUUGAAGUAUCUAAAAGGUUAGAACGAAUAGAUUCUGAAAACAAUGCUAAUGCAUAUCAAAACACACCAGCAAAGGCACAGGAAGACCAGGAAGAUCCUGUGGAUUAUGUCAAAGAUAAACAAAAAAAUGUCUGUGAUAGUAACAACAAUGAAACUGAAUCAUCUUGUUCGUUUGAGAACAGUAAUAGUGGUGAUAACUGUGUGCAUAUGCUUCCUUCAAUAGCUGCAUGUGCGAGCGGCUUGCGGAAGGCUGUCUGUAAUAUCCGUUUCCUGACUCUGACGGCGCAGCAGUUCGCGGGCGGGCCGGCGCGCUCGCCGCUGCUGACGGAGUCGGAGGCGUUCGCGGUGCUGAUGAACAUCCUCUCCAGCCAGGCGCCGGUGCCGAUGCCGCACGGGUUCUCCACCUGCCGCGUGCCCAGGAACCAGCUAUUUUUUCCUCAAGAGCAAGAGUCGAAUUGCAAAAGCGAAGUAAUGUUCAAAUUCACUGUGUUAAACUUCAAGACUCGCAGGCGAUCUGUAGAGUCGCUGCCAUUCAACUUCCUGGACAUGUCGUGGAGCAUCAAACUGGUGCCUCGUUUCGAGGUUGACACCUCUGGGAAUGAGCACAAAUACUAUGGACUAUUUCUAAAGUGCACUGGACCCUGGAGUCGAGAUUCAGGGUCAGGAUCGGGAGGGGGCGCCGGGACAGGAUCGGAAAUAAGCUCACGGUCAGAAUUGAGCGCGAGCGCUGGGUCAGGAUCAGGAACAAGCGCAGGAUCUGGAUCGGCUCCGUGGUCAGUGUCGGUCCAAGCACGCCUGCAGCUUGUGCCGUAUGAUACUUCGCACGCGCCUAUCAGCGCUGAUAUCUGUCGAACCUUUUCUAGCAGUAAAGACUACGAAUGGGGUUUCCAUCGUUUCGUCACAUGGACCGUAUUAAUGAAACCUGAUUGUGGCUUCGUGAGGGGCAACUCUAUCGCCAUAGAAGCUCGUCUAGUUGAACAAUAA